CAGGUGACUCAAUCAGCACAGAUACUCUACGAAGUAUUUUUAUAUUUUAUUCACCGUAUAUUCCGCUCCAAUAUCAAAGUACAUAUAAACUGCUGUAAAUUCUCUUCCAAAAAAAUUUGUAGCCCUCCAAAAUAUCUGGGUUUUCUGUAAUCGUCGCUGUUCAUCAUUUUAAUUGGGCUGGUCGGGCAUUAUUUUGUCAAUGCUUCCUGUAAGGACGUGAAUUCUUCCAUCGUAAGUCUACUGGAGAAACUAAGAGCAUGCAAUCCAAGACUCCGAGCGUCACUCAAGGCGAUUCCCAUCUUUACAAUGUUUCAGAAUCUUUGGUACAUGCUCAACCAUGGUGCAAUAUCACUGGAAGCUUCAACACGUCAAUAAUGCGACACAAUUAUUCAGAUUUGUCAUCAAUGGACCAGUCGAUGGAUAGCCAAUCACAGUCUGAGGGUGGCAUAAAUGAAGAAGACAAUGUUAUCAAACAAUCAGAAGGUACUAUAUGUGAAACUCCAGAUAGAAAUUAUGGACAGGUGGAUCAGAUUUUUCAGCAAGAUUCAGCAGCCAUACGCCGGAGUGGUGACAAGCAGCCCCCACAGCCUGAGCUUGUUGGGCACUCAAUUGCCUGUGCUAUGAAUCCUUACGAUCCAUAUGGAGGAAUGAUGGCAGCUUACAGCCAGCCUUCGGUUCCUAUUAUAUAUGAUGUGCAUCAUACAAGGAUGAUGCUGCCAAUGGAAAUGGCACAGGAGCCUGUGUAUGUGAAUGCCAAGCAGUACCAUGGGAUUCUUCGUAGAAGGCAAUCACGUGCUAAAGCAGAGCUUGAAAAGAAAUUGAUAAAAGCUCGAAAGCCUUAUCUUCACGAGUCCCGACACCAGCAUGCUUUGAGGAGGGCAAGAGGUUCAGGAGGACGUUUUGCAAAGAAGUCUGAUGCAGACACCUCAAAGGAGACGCGUUCUGGUUCUGCCAUCUCAACACAGUCCCUUACUUCAACCAGUUCUGAGACCUUGCCCUCCGAGUCUAGCGAAAUGAAAGUGCUGAAGGCCGAACUUUCUUGCAAUAAUGAUAUCAGCAGUGUUAGAAAGCAAAUUAACUUGUCGGACGCGAGAGAGGAAGGGUGCACUUCAAAUCAGCAGUGGAGAAAUAUUGUAUCAAAUCGCUCACUUGCCAUGCAGUGAGUUUCUAUGGUUACUGAAAGCUAUGUAAUGCUGGUUUCUUGUUUGAAUCUUGGCUUCCCUGAGGUGGACGGCAAUUCAUUCUUGGCUGUGUUUCUUUUAGCUUGCAGAGAUGAGGGAAGAUAAAUUAACUUUUUUAUCUUGUUUAAAGUUCAUUGUUCUUCCUUGUACAAAAUGCACAUAGGACUGGAUCAGACGAAGUUGGAGUAGGAAAAAGUGUUUUUUCUCUAGUUAGAUGUUAGAACUAUGUAAAGUUGGUUUUGGGAUUAGCAUUAUUCCCCCCCUCACUGCUGCUUCACCCUUUUCUGGACUUGAAAGUGUGUGUGUGGAUGCUGAUUGUUUUAUGAAAUGUUAGCUUUCGGUGGUUGGAUGAUA